AUGGAGUCAGUGGUAUAUGAGAACUCGCCUUUGGCUGAUUAUUUAGAAGGGGAGGGUGGAAACGAAGAGAGCUGGCCCGUAGACGAGACACCCAGCGACGACGAUCAUACCACUUUGGACUUUGCCCCCCGAGGAGCAUCCAAAUUCCAAGACCGUGUUCGAAACAAGCUCCCGAAACCUCUGGAAACAGGCACACCACAGAGACAGCUUCUUAAGAAAUUCUAUGACGCGUGCUCCUCUGCCUUGAAUGCUCGACUAGCGCGAAGCGACAAUGAGCGCUUUUUGGAACAAUUUGGCUACGUUAUUGUCGCGUCGCAGCUACUGAACGAACACAGUGCCCCCUCCUACACCUCCGCCUCCGAUGUUCUAUCCGCGAAACAACCAGCAGCUCUUCCGUCUCUAUCUACAACUUUUGGAAUUCAAGGCGCUUUUGUCACCGCCUGUACCUCUUUCUCUAUCGCUUGGUUAUUGCAUUGGAGCAGGUCAAAGACUGGAUCAGGACUCAGUCUGCGCAAACUUGGACUACUCUUGGUACUCAUCCCGGCCGUGGGUGUAUUAUUCUACGCUUUCGCAAAACGGCAAUGGCUGAAGUACCUACGGCAUCAGGCUGUUGAGGCAGCUGGCACAUUUAUUGGAAAUGCCCAGGGCUUUGAUUCUGCUGCGUCGGCUUCUGUGGUUUUCAUUCAGGAAGUGGAACUUGUUUCGCGAGGCUACCGGAUAAGUACUCCUCUGCCACCUAUCAGUCGGCUUGAGGAUGUAGUACAGACACGACGUUGCUUGAGAUUGCGUCGCGCAGUUUCGGAGUGUUUCUACUCAAUGCUCGAGCGAUAUAUUCAAUCUCAAAACAUCCUGCGCCCGCUUACCGACGAGGGCAACCUAGCCAAAUAUUACGACAUUUACGACAUUGGAUUGGAAGAACUUGAGGCCAUUGAAUUCUCGUUGUCGCAACGAACAAACGACGAUCAAUAUUCGUUGCGUUCUCUUCGCGGUCUAUUUGGAAAACUGUACAGCAUCCGAAAAAGCGUCUUGUGCUGCUUGUUGGCUCUUAGCGCUGACGGCGGAGGCUCCGAUAUCACGAGAUGGAGCUCUGCUGUCGAGGAAAUGCGCGAGCUUGCUGGUGUAACUGGCACCAGCAUGUUGAAAAUGACCGCAAUCUUAAAUGAGGAGGAUCGCGAUAAUACGAUCCCUCCAUCUCCAUUACCUUCGGCCUCACCAAGUAAGGAUCACCUGCGAGCGCAAUUCCGGCGCCUCAGCUCCCUCUCACAAGGGGUCCGUGCCUUGCAUGCGAAAAUGCACAUCGUCAGCGAGGAGUCGCAUGCAAAUCUCGAGCGCGCAGACGCUGAUGACUUUGAAAGUACACUCCUUGCACAGUACGACUCGGUCGGUAGCGAUCUCCGCGCUCUCCUCCAAGAGUGGGAAGCCGGGAAAACCGCAUUGGUGAACCAACACGAUCGACUAAGUGUUGGAGAACACUCAAGACCGUCAAGUACACUAUUAUUGCCUAUGUCUCCCACUCCUAGUCUGGGAGGUUCCACGGCCGUUGAAGGCAGUCCAACCGAUGCACUCAGAGCCUUGAAUGGCGAGUACCGACCGGACCUGACCCAGACCUAUGAUGAUGAGGAGAUCUUCGAAGCUAUUGUCCUCCCAGCCUCAAGAAACAAGAGGAUGUCUUUGACAAGAGAUGAGCGUCUGGCACGCGUCCGAGAAGACCGUGCCAGGCAGGCUACCGCCCGCGAAAAGGCAGAUGCUAGCACCAACAUGCUCAGGGAACUGGAGAUGGUUAUCAAGCAACGGCCAGGGAACAACUCUUCAAAAAGAGUCACCAUGUUGGAAGCACGAUUGGAACAGGCCAGCCUUCUGAAGCGCGUCGUCGAUGCCAUCAAGGAUCUCGUUCAGGACUGCAACUUUGACUGCAAUGACUCCGGUAUUGCCCUCCAGGCUAUGGACAACUCCCACGUUGCCCUGGUCUCCAUGCUGCUCCGUGCCGAGGGUUUCUCUCCUUACCGCUGCGACCGUAACAUCGCCCUCGGCAUCAACCUGCUCUCCCUGACCAAGGUCCUCCGCGCCGCCCAGAAUGAAGACAUCCUGACCCUCAAGGCUGAGGACUCGCCCGAUGCCGUGAACCUGAUGUUCGAGAGUGCUGAGACAGAUCGCCUGAGCGAGUAUGAUAUCAAGCUCAUGGACAUUGACCAGGAGCACCUGGCCAUUCCUGAGACCGAGUAUGCUGCCACCGUGGAGAUGCCCUCCGCUGAGUUCCAGCGUAUCUGUAGAGAUCUCAACGCUCUCUCUGAGUCAGUCGUCAUCGAGGCCAACAAGGAGGGUGUCAAGUUCUCCUGCUCCGGUGACAUCGGUAACGGAUCCGUCACCAUCCGCCAGCACACCAACGUUGACAAGCCUGACCAAAAUGUUACUGUCAACAUUUCCGAACCCGUCGCCCUGACCUUCUCCCUCAAGUACCUUGUCAACUUCUGCAAGGCUUCCAACCUGUCCUCAUCUGUCGUGCUGCACCUUUCCCAGGAAGUCCCAUUGCUCGUUGAGUACGGCCUUGGAAGUGGCCACCUGCGGUUCUACCUUGCCCCUAAGCUCGGCGACGACGAGUAA